AAUAAAUAUCAUUGUUAAGAAUCCAUGCAGCUAAGAAGUCCGUGCGUGAAGACAUCUGUUAAGUAGUUCGCUGAUAUCCGACAGUGCCCCGUACCUGCUUCGACGCCAGUUGAAAAUCUACUAAAAUCAUGAGCGCCAGCGAACAGUUUAUCCAGGCCAUUCAAACUGGGGAUUUAGUUUAUGUGGAGAAACAUCUGAGAAGACCGGGAACUGAAAUCAACGCUGAGGUGAGACACGGGCGAAAUGCACUCCAUUACGCCGCUGAUGCAGGAAAGGUUCCCAUUGUUAGAUUUCUGUUAGAAAACAUGGCUAUCAUUGAUUACCAAGACCUCGAUGGUAUGACUCCACUUAUGGCCGCAGUUGAUAAAGAUCAUCUUCCCACUGCGGCUUUCCUUCUGAAAGAGGGAGCAGACCCAACUAUAGAAGAUGAAACAGGAAAAACAGCUUUUGAUAUCGCGAAGGAAAAGAAUUUUACGAAGAUCCAGCUUCUCUUAGAAGAAUACAAGAAGUAAAUACGUUCAAGUUGUUAAAAAAAAAUUCCUCAAAUGAAGUUCGCUCAACUUUAAAUUGUUGCUGAUGUUCUUAUUCUUUGUAUGCAAGUAACUUUGUUUGUGAUGUGUAAUUAACAAAUAGAUUCCACGAUGCCUUGCGUCUCUUCAGUUCUAAAAAAAAUGGUGACGUCAAAAUUAAACGUGGUGAGAACACAAAAGUGGCCCACGAGGCCAACCUCGUUCCCAGGGCCUUUGCCCUAAGUUGGGGGUGGGGCACUGGGGAUGAGGUUGCCACGAGGCGCAGCAGAAUGUGUCACUGACGUUGUUACCACAUUUUGAUGUAUUCUGCGAUCUUUUACUGAGCAGACCCACAUCAACAUGCAAUCUCCUUGUUUUAUAUAAUAAAAAAAUGAAACAUUUGUUUAGUA